AUGUUUCGUAAUCAGUCAUCGUUACGAAGGUAUGCAAAUCGCUUCAUAAGCCGAAGCUCUACAGCAUUGGCAUCCCUCAAUCGCCCCACAGAAAUCGACGUGCAGGAACUGUUAAAACUGCUGAACAAUCGACCAAAUGGUGUGCUCGUCGCAGAGGAUGGAGUCAGCGAGGAUCUGACCCGCUACAACCAUGAUUGGACGAAUCAGUACAAAGGAAACUCUCGAGUUGUUGUGCGUCCGCAAUCGACUGCUGAAGUAUCUCGAAUACUGAAAUACUGCAAUUCCCGAAUGAUAGGUGUCGUUCCACAAGGAGGAAACACGGCAUUAACUGGUGGAUCAGUGCCUCUGGACUGCGAAGUGGUCCUAUCACUGGAGAAGAUGAGCGAUAUUCACAGCCUUGAUCCAACCACCGGUAUCCUCACUUGUGAUGCAGGAUGUAUCUUGCAGAAUCUCCUUGACUUCGCAGCGGCAAAAGAUCACCUUGUACCCGUUGACCUUGGUGCAAAAGGGACCUGCCAAAUUGGUGGAAACAUUAGUACCAACGCAGGAGGAUCCUUCUACUUUCGUUAUGGAUCGUUGCACGCAAAUGUAGUGGGACUUGAGGUUGUGCUGGCAAACGGCGAUAUUUUGGAUAUGGGCUGCACCACUGCAAACUUAAAGGACAAUACAGGAUAUGACAUGAAACAUUUGUUUAUUGGUGCGGAAGGUACCCUUGGUAUUGUUACAAGGGCAGCUCUCUUGUGCCCUCGCCUUCCACCAUCUAGAUGUACUACUUUGCUAGCGUGUGACUCAUUUGACAAUGUGUUAAAUGUCCUGGAGAUAGCAAAGAAAUCUCUGGGAGAAAUUUUGGCAGCGUUUGAGUUCAUCGAUGGCCCCGCCAUGAACCUUGUCUGUCAAACCCAAUCGAAACCUCUCCCUCUCCCAGCGUCUCAAGAUUGUCCUUAUUAUGUUUUAGUAGAAUCACAUGGCUCUUGUGCAGAGCACGAUCAGGCCAAGAUGGACAAGUUCUUGAAUAUUUUGUAUGAAGAAGAUUACGUGGUUGACGGGGUUGUUGCAGCUUCUCUCGAACAAAUGAACGCGAUGUGGUAUUUGAGAGAAUCGUGCAAUCCAAGUUGCGUAUCAAGCGGUUAUGUCUACAAAUAUGACGUGUCCUUGCCUAUUCCAGAAUUUCCGCGAUUCGUAGAGGAGUUGAAGGAAGCGCUGAAUGACAGAACCUUCUGCUCCUUAGACUAUUUCAACUGGGGGCAUGUGAUAGAUGGGAAUUUGCAUUGUAAUGUUGUGUGCAGAGGUAACUUUGAGACGAACUCAAGCCUCAGGGAAAGAAUUGACCGCUACGUCUUUGAAGGAGUAGAGAAGCGGGGUGGCUCCAUAUCUGCUGAACAUGGACUUGGGCAGCAGAAACGAAAGUACAUGGCAAAAUUGCACGGGUCUGAAACCUUGUCAAAAAUGUAUGAUAUCAAACGUUUAUUUGAUCCAAAUAGGAUCUUAAAUCCAGGAAAAUAUUUACCGGAAGACUGUCGAUAA